AGCUAAUACCAGCAGCGGAAGCGUUUAUCCCGGCAGAACCAAACCGAACUGCCGUCUUUGCGCCUGCGCCAGGCUGCAGGUGUUAGAAUAAACAGGAGAAACUGGUGCUGUUCCAGGCAGUCAUCUGAAUCCCGCUGACAGAACAUGACCAUUCAGAAUCGGUUCUAAAACCACACAUGGAUCCGGAACGGAACCAGGCUCUAAUAUAGAGAGUUGGGAUAAUGAAAACCCAGAUUCUCAUUUUUAAACCUGUUUCUGUUUGCUGACAUGUAAAAAUGUUCAGUAUAUUUUAGUGUUAACCAAGUCAAAACCGGUCCAGAUCUAUAACAACAGCACUGAUCCGGGUCAAGCAUGGACCAAAAAUCUGGGGCCCUGGUCCGAAACGAAACGUGACGUGGGGGAAAACUCGAGAAGCGCACACGUUUCAAUGAAGUCCACAGUACUGAUCUGAGUCGGAACUGGACCUGGUUAUAAUACAGAGGUCUGGAUCAUGUUCUAUCACAAAGAGUUUCAAACGAUCAGUUUUUAUUGCUGAGUUCAAACUGGAUCCUCUUCAGAGGGUUCUGUUUGUAGGACGGGAUAUCAGACUUCUUCAGACUGAUUCAGGAAAAUAAAAACCAUCCAUCCUGAAAGAUGUUUUCCAGAAAAAGUCUGGGAAUCGCUGUUAUGAGAUUCUGAGACUGCUGCCGGUGUUGGUCCGAUACCAGAACAAGCAGAUCUGAGGGGCUCUCUGGCUGUGAGGCGUUCAGGAACUAUUGGAAAUGUGACAGCAAUGCUGCAACUCCCCCUGCUGGUGACGGCCCAGCUGGACCUUGUCCUGGUCCUGGUGUCCCUGCUGUCCUUGUGGACCAGACUGGGCCGGCUCAGCUACCCCAGCUCAGUGGUGUUCGAUGAGGUCUACUACGGCCAGUUUGUGUCUCUCUACAUGAAGAGGAUCUUCUUCGUCGAUGACAGCGGGCCUCCGCUCGGUCACAUGAUCCUGGCUCUUGGAGCUUACCUGGGCGGCUUCGAUGGGAACUUUGUGUGGAACCGAAUCGGAGCAGAUUACCCCUGCAGUGUGAGUGUGUGGAGUCUGCGGCUGCUGCCGGCUCUUUGUGGAGCUCUGUGCGUUCCUCUUGUUUACCUGCUGACUCUGGAGCUUGGAUUUUCUCACCUGUCGGCUCUGGGAGCUGCUCUGCUGCUGCUGCUGGAGAACUCUCUGAUCGUCCAAUCACGCUUCAUGUUGCUGGAGUCCCUGCUCAUCUUCUUUGUGCUUUUGGCCUUCUUCUCAUACCUGCGCUUCCACAACGCUCACAGCAGGUCCUGGUCCAGGUACAGCUGGCUCCUCCUGUCAGGUGUCUCCUGCGCGGCUGCCGUCGGGGUGAAGUACAUGGGCCUGUUCUCCUACCUGCUGCUGCUGGGCGUGGCCUCUGUGCACAGCUGGAACCUGAUUGGAGACCAAGCUGUGAGUCAUCUGAGUGUCUUUAUUCAGUGUGUGUGCAAAGUUCUGUGUCUUUUGGUGGUUCCGGUUCUACUCUACGUGUUCUGGUUCUACAUUCACCUGAGUGUCCUAAACCGCAGUGGACCACAUGACCAGCUGAUGAGCUCGGCCUUCCAGGCCAGCCUGCAGGGGGGUCUCUCCAGGAUCACUCAGGGUCAGCCCUUGGAAGUGGUGUAUGGUAGUCAGGUAACGUUAAGAAGCUCCGCCUCCCAGCCUGUCUCCUGUUGGCUCCACUCACAUAAAGCCAACUAUCCAAUCAGGUAUGAAAAUGGGCGGGGCAGCUCUCACCAGCAGCAGGUUACCUGUUAUCCCUUCAAAGAUGUCAACAACUGGUGGAUCAUCAAAGACCCAGGCAGACAAGAACUAGUGGUGGACACGCCUCCCCGACCCAUCCGUCAUGGUGAUGUCAUCCAGCUGGUUCAUGGGAUGACCUCACGUCUUCUCAACAGCCAUGAUGUGGCAGCUCCCAUGAGUCCUCACGCUCAGGAAGUUUCUGGAUACAUAGACUUCAAUGUGUCCAUGGCAGCUCAGAACCUGUGGAGGGUGGACAUCAACAACAGGGAGGCGGAGUCAGAGGUGUGGAAGACCAUCCUCUCCGAAGUCCGACUGGUUCAUGUUAACACAUCAGCUGUCCUCAAGCUGAGCGGCGUCCCUCUUCCAGACUGGGGUUUCCGUCAGCUGGAGGUCGUAGCAGAGAAACUGCCAAAGGGACACAGAAGCAGUUUGAGCUGGACAGUGGAGGAGCACCGAUAUGGAACCAGUCAGGGGUGGAAGGAGCGGGAGGCGGAGCUUCAUUCUCCAACGCACAUCGACGUGGACAGAAAAAUCUCUUUCUGGUCCAAGUUUAUGGAGCUCCAGUGGAAGAUGCUGACUGUGAAACAAGAAGAGUCUGAACACAAGUACAGUUCUGCCCCUUUGGAGUGGAUCACCAUGAACACCAACAUUGCCUACUGGCUGCACGCCUCCACCAACGCUCAGAUCCAUCUCAUUGGUAACCCAGUGUCAUGGGGCGUGGCCAAUCUCAGCCUGCUGGCCUAUCAGCUGCUGGCGACUGUGUACAUGCUAAGAAGGAGGCGGGGACUUAAAGACCUGACUGAUGGGGCGUGGCAGCAGUUUGUAUCUCUGGGCGUGGUCUGUGUCGGUGGCUGGAUGAUGAACUUCCUUCCCUUCCUGCUGAUGGACAAGACUCUCUUCCUGUAUCACUACCUGCCUGCACUGUGCUACCUGUACCUGCUGAGCCCCGCCCUGCUGGAGCAUGUGUACACUCACCUGUUCAGCAGUGGGACACCCCGCCGUGCACUGUGUGUAUGCACGUCAGCUGUCCUCGUGUCCAUCUUCACGUCCUAUUGGAACUUUUGUCCUUUGACCUAUGGCAGCCCUGAGCUGUCAGCCAAUCAGCUGCAGGCACUUAAGUGGAGAGACACCUGGGACAUCCUGUACCGCCGCCGCUGAGACAUACAGAGACAGAGAGACACUAAAAAACACUGUUCUUUACAACCUGACGAGAGCCUCCUGAAUGCACCAUCAGCUGCGUCUCUGAGGUCAUAUUGGAGGAGGAGCUUUAGUCAUGUGACCUGAUAAUGUAACAGUAAUGAUUGUCAACAGAUCUGCUUUCUGUCAUGACCGAUUCAAACAAUAAAAACUGUCUCCUUUACUUUGAAGGAGACAGACUUCCUGUCUGCA